AUGGCUAUGAAUUCUUCUAGUGCAUCCAAUGCAAACACCACAAACAAUAUAUGUGGUUUAUUGCCUUCUUCUACGCAAGCUAGGGAUCCGGCAUGGGAAUGGGGUGAACGCAAAGACCCAGAAAAUCCAAAUAUUAUUACCUGUUUGUUAUGUAACAAAUUAAUCCGUGGUGGUGGAAUCACAAGGCUUAAGGAGCAUCUCGUAGGAAAGUCAGGGAAUACUUCACCAUGUCCGAAUGCAACCACUUCUGUUAUCAACAAAGUAAAUCAGUUGUUUGCUGUAAAGAAGACCAAAAAUGCUCAUAGGGCUAACAUUGAUUUAGUGUACCAGCGUACAUUCAACUCUGAUGAAGGCUCUGAUGUUGACACAGAUGUUGGGGAACAAGAAGUUGAAAUUGAUGGCAAUGUUGGCAGUGGUUGUGGUGUUGAUUUACAUGUUCAAAAUCAGACGAAGAGAAAGCGAAUAACCCAAAGUAAUACAAGAGGUCCUAUUGAUUUAUAUAUGAGGACAGAUCACAAGAAAACUCAAAAGGUCACCGCUGAAAGGAACUGUGCAGUGAAAGAGAAGUUAUUAAAGACAGCAUGGAAAUGCAUAUCAUCUUGGAUGACUGAGAAUUCAGUGGCAUUUAAUACCGUUCGUUGCCCAAGUUUCAAAGAAAUGAUCUUUGCAAUUGGUGAUUAUGGGAAAGGUUCAGUAUUUUUGAAGUCUGUGGAUGCCUCAGAUAGAACCAAUGAUGCUGAUUUCAUUCGUAAGCUUGUAAAGGAGGUAAUUGUUGAUGUUGGUGCAGAAAAUGUGGUUCAGUUCAUUACUGAUAAUGGUUCUAACUUCAAAAAGGCAGGGAAGGACUUAAUGCUUGAAUACCCACAUAUAUUUUGGACUCCUUGUGGUGCUCAUUGUGUUCAGUUGAUGCUAGAAGAACUUGGUUCCAAGCUUCCAAGAAUCAAGACAGCCUUCAUACUAGGUAAGAGACUAGUUACAUAUAUUUAUGCUCAUUUUCAAGUAUUGAGCUUAAUGAGGGAGUUGACUGGUGCAGACUUACAUAGGUCUACAAAAACUAGAUUUGCAACUCAAUAUUACACACUAGAGAGUCUUUAA